AUGGUGUGGAGAAACCAGAACUUUAGCUCUGACUUCAUCCUGCUAGGAAUCUUUGAUCACAGCUUCACCCACACCUUCCUCUUUUCUCUGGUCUUGGGCAUCUUCACGGUGGCCUUCAUGGGAAACACUACUAUGAUUCUUCUCAUUUACUUUGACACCCAGCUUCACACACCCAUGUACUUCCUCCUCAGCCAACUCUCCCUUGUGGACCUUAUGCUCAUCUGCACCACUGCACCCAGGAUGGCCUUCAACUAUUUGUCUGGCAGGAAGUCAAUAUCACUGGCAGGUUGUGGAGCUCAGAUAUUCUUCUAUGUGUCCUUGCUUGGAGCUGAAUGUUUCCUGUUGGCUGUCAUGGCCUAUGACCGCUAUGUGGCUAUAUGCCACCCACUUCGAUACACCAUCCUCAUGAAUCAGAAACUCUGUGUACUCAUGACUGUUGCUUCCUGGAUCCUGGGCUCUCUUGAUGGUAUUAUUGUGCUUGUAGAAGUCCUGUCACUCUCUUACUGGAGCUCUCUAGAAAUUCAUCACUUUUUCUGUGAUGUUGCUGCCCUUUUCCCUCUAUCUUGCAACGACACCUCUGCUUUUGAAAGACUGCUUUUCAUCUGCUGUGUGGUGAUGCUAAUAUUACCAGUCUCUGUGAUCAUUAUUUCCUAUUCACAUGUCCUCCGAGCUGUCAUCCGCAUGAGCUCUACAGAAAGUCACCACAAAGCCUUCACCACCUGUUCCUCCCACCUGUCUGUGGUUGGACUCUACUAUGGUGCUGCCAUGUUCAUGUACAUGAGACCAGCUUCUAACCACACACCAGAUCAGGACAAGAUAGUAUCUGCCUUCUACACCAUCCUCACCCCCAUGCUGACCCCUCUCAUCUACAGCCUCUGCAACAAAGAAGUGUCCAGGGGACUUCAGAAACUACUGAGGAAAGCAAAGUUAAUGUAA